GUAGAAACGGUAAACAAAGCCCGUGACUCCGGGGAAAGGAGCGACAGAUAACGAGCGGAGGAGAGAAGAGAGAUGUAUUGGGACACUGUCAUCAAGCCCGGAGACAGAAACACAGACAGCAAAGACUCGAAAAUAAAGAUGGAGGUUUGCCAGACUGGAUAUUACACAGAAGACUUCAGGACACAGGAAGUGCCAGCUGGCUUUGACUUUGCAUCUUAUGACUACCCUGGUGAAGACCUGUCUUUUCUGUUAGACAGCAAAGCACCCGGACAGCAGCAGUACCUCACAGAAAGUAGCUACCCAGAGCCACCGAAGGCUUCCCACCCAUACGACGCUAAAGUGAGCGCCAGUGACACAACACUCUUCAACCUGGGCUCAUACCAGGAGUUCAACUGGUGGGCCUCAUAUCCACACGAUGGGCUGACAGUAGACCAGCCACAAACUGGAUACCAGGAGUCCCCGCAGACGUACCAGAGCCUGGUGCCCCAGAACGGGCAGUUCAGCCCGGCCAUGGAGGGCAGCCACAGCCCCUUUCUAACUGGAAAAGGAGCAAAUACAUUACAAAGUGAGGCAGAUCAGAGCUACUCGUGUCACUCGGCCGAACUGUACGACUCCGACGGACAGAGGCAGUCGACGUCCUUCUGGUCUGAAUACCCCUCUCCCAGCUUCACUGCCCCCCUGCCACACCCGCCCCCGGCCUCCUGCCCCUCAAGCCACGGCCCUCAGUCCUCAGACCAGUACUGUCCCCGUGUGGUCAAACGCAAGAACACACACCCGCAGAGGCCAGAGAGGGAGGGCCAGAUGACGGGAAUGUCAGCUUAUCCAGGUUCUGGUCCCAUCCAGUUGUGGCAGUUUCUACUGGAGUUACUUCUGGACUCCGCCUGCCGAACGUUUAUCUCCUGGACGGGAGACGGCUGGGAGUUUAAGAUGUCCGACCCCACAGAGGUGGCCAAACGCUGGGGCCGGUGCAAGAACAAACCCAAGAUGAACUACGAGAAGCUGAGCCGUGGCCUGCGUUACUACUACCACAAGAACAUCAUCCACAAGACGGCGGGCAAACGCUACGUCUACCGCUUCGUGUGUGACAUACAGGGCAUGCUGGGAAAGACAGCGCAGGAGGUCCUGACCAGUCUGAACGUUUUGCCCACAAACACAGAGUCCUGGCAGUGCCCUGGGGUACCGGCGGCAGCAUCAUCGGAGCACAGCAGUGAAACAUGGACUUCACAGUAGAGAAUGGGUGCCAGGACACUCAUCCAGCACAUUUUAACAGAGUACUACAGAGCUGAAGUGGUGCACACUGCCUCCUGGUAUGGAGACCUAGAGUCAAUUAAUAAAUGCUGCAUUUCAGGGGGGCAGUCAGUCUUUAAAGCGGAUAUGUUGCUUAAUAAUACAAAAUAAAAGUCUACCAAUGUGUGACCCAUAUAUAACAUAUAGCUCCUAAACCUCAGGGCAAAAUAACUGCAGCACAGGAACUAUCCAGGAGAAUUUCAAGCACUAGAAAUAGAUCAUUUUUAACAUCUGGGGUCACAUUUCCAUGUGAUGUGUUUGUAAGAAAAAAUGUAUGUGUAAAUAGUGUUUAUAUGAACGAUUUGCAGAGUUUUGUGCAUUUAUAUUAUUGUUUUUUAAUACAAAACUCAUGUCUACCUCUGUUGCUAUCAGAAUAACAUAACUGAGACAAUUUUCAGGCACUCACUGUGAAAGUUGUAUCCUGUGUGAUGAUGGUUUUGUAAAAAUAAACUGUA